AACUAUAAAUCAUUUAAAUUUUUAUUUUCUUUUAAAGUUUCCCCAUCGUCUUAUUUUCCGUUUCCGUCCACGCGUCGCUGUCACUCACCGCCGGCGAAACUGAGCUUCUGACCGGGGUUUCACGCGCCGACUUCUCUCCUUCGACAGAUCCUCGUGAAAUAUCUACCAGACAGACUCCGUUUCCCAUCUGAGAGUCAGAUCCCAAAAAAGACUCACUCUCGAUUGCAUUUUCAGAUCUUCUUCGGGAAAAAAAAAAAAAUGAAGAAUCUUACACUCGUAGUAAUGCUUCUAUGCUACUCGUUCGCCUCCUCCUCCGGAGACUCGACUAUUCACACGAACAAUUGGGCCGUCUUGGUCUGCACUUCUCGAUUCUGGUUUAACUACCGCCACAUGGCAAACACACUCUCCCUCUAUAGGACAGUCAAGAGACUUGGAAUACCUGAUGAGAGAAUCAUCCUUAUGCUCGCUGAUGACAUGGCCUGUAACUCUAGAAAUCAAUACCCUGCUCAAGUCUUCAACAAUGAGAAUCACCAAAUUAACCUCUACGGAGAUAACGUUGAGGUGGAUUAUCGUGGCUAUGAGGUGACGGUUGAGAAUUUCUUGCGGGUUUUGACUGGGCGUCAUGAGAAUGCUGUUCCUAGGUCGAAGCGUCUCCUCAGUGACGAGGGUAGCCAUAUUCUACUCUACAUGACUGGCCACGGAGGUGAUGAGUUUCUCAAGUUUCAAGAUGCUGAAGAGCUUCAGAGUCACGAUUUAGCUGAUGCUGUCAAACAAAUGAAAGAGAAGCGUAGAUUCAAGGAGCUUUUGAUAAUGGUUGAUACUUGCCAAGCUGCCACCCUCUUUAACCAGCUUCAAUCUCCUGGUGUUUUGGCCAUUGGUAGCAGUCUUAAAGGAGAGAACUCGUACUCUCAUCACCUGGACUCAGAUAUUGGUGUAUCGGUCGUGGACCGAUUUACUUAUUACACUCUUGCCUUCUUUGAAAGGCUCAAUAUCUAUGACAAUGCAUCACUCAACAGUUUGUUUAGGUCUUAUGAUCCGAGACAGCUAAUGUCUACUGCCUACUACCGAACUGAUCUUUACCAGCCACAUCUGUCAGAGGUACCCGUCACGAAUUUCUUCGGUUCAGUUAUGGAGACGAUUCAUACUGAUUCAGCUUACCAUGCCUUCUCGAGUAGAAUCUCCAAGAGCAAGAUCAAAUCCGAUACGCCAUUUAAUCAGCUUUCCGAGCAAGAUGUUAAAGAAGAUCUUCAGAAUACAAACAACCAAAACGAUGAGUUGAAAACUGAGAAGCAAAAAUGCCCAUACUCAGAAAUGCGGGCAGACCUCCACGAGAAACUGAAGAAGAUUGAAAAUGUGGAUACAAUGGUUAACCUCAGCAUAGCGGUGAUGAUACUCGUUGUAAUGGUGUCAUCAUCUUUGUUAUGAUGAUGCUCUAUAGGAUCAUCAACAUCAUCAUCUCCUACUUCAGUUAAUCUCCCCUGUAUGAGAUCGUAACAGUUGCAGUUUGACAUCAUUGUAUUACUUCAAAUUUCCUCGAUAGCAAAUAACCGCACAUGCUGACAUCAAAUUUUUAA